CCGGUAAACAUAGCAUUGCUAUUUGAACUUUUAGGGACAUAUGUUUCCGCAGUACAAUGUCAACUGACCUGCUGUGAAGAUAAUAAGUUUUGCUCUUGUUUCUAUUGAAAGUGCAGCACAACUAUUGUUCUGGUUGACACACAGAUCUGGCAAAAGGAAGCUAAGCCGGUGUCAAGCUGAACAAUGGCAAGCUGUUUCCCCUGCUUGAGCGCGAGGAAGAAGGAGGUCCCACGUUCUGCCCCGGCCAAUGCACACACCAGCAGCGUCCCUGGCGCUGUGGCACGAACUUUCUCCUUGAAGGAGCUCGCGGCGGCGACAAGAAACUUCAGCUCUGACUGCCGCAUCGCUGGUCGGGAGGCGGAUCUUUACAAAGGCUUCCUCAAGAGCAUCAAUCAUGUUGUUGCUAUAAAGCUGCAGCAUGCUGUUGAUCCAAGUGGAUCAGGGGAGCAAGAUAAUAGAGAGUUUCUUGCCCACGCGCUGACGAUGAGCGGGCUGCGCCACCCAAAUAUUGUCAAUCUUAUCGGCUUUUGUGCGGAUGGCCAUCACCGGAUCUUGGUUCACGAGUACAUGCCAUUGGGUUCUCUGGAAGAUCACCUCCACGGUUCAUCUCCAGGCAAAGCACCGCUGGACUGGAACACGAGGAUGAACAUUGCCGCCGGUGUGGCCAGAGGGUUGGAGUAUAUGCACGACAAAGGUGUCCUCUACCGAUGCGUCAAAAGUUCGGACAUCUUGCUCGGAGACGGCUACCACCCAAAGCUGUCCCAAUAUGGACUGGCGGAGCAUGACAAGGGCUGGUGUACUGGUAUCGCCAUAAGGACGGCAUUGGGUACUAUGGCCCCCGAGACCGUGAUGACCGGGAAGCUGCUCCCGGGGUCGAGUGUUUACGGCUUGGACACCAGGACGCCGGGGAGGAUCGACACCUUGUCACAUGGGCCCGAACAACGCUGAUGGACAGGAGCCAGUUCCGCCGGAUGGCAGACCCGGCGCUGCAGGGACGAUAUCCGUCCUUGGACUUGCAGGAGGCCCUCGAAGUUGCUUCGUUGUGCAUCCACGACAAUCAUGCCAUGAGAGCGCCCAUCGGCACCGUCGUCACGGCUCUGUCUCGCCUCGCCUACGAUGUUGAUCCACCCGAAUCAUCACACCGCACGACGCCUAAUUAACUUAGGAGGUAAACGGCGUCGUGUCAUCCAGAUGCGUCGAUCAUGAUUAAGUUGCUUGAUAUGCU